GGGUGUGACUCCGCCUAUUGAUCAAAGACCAUCCUCCUCCCUUUUGUCUUUUCUUCAGUUUGUUAACUUCUCUAAAAGCCGCGUGGACCUCGGGCGAGUCGCUCCAACCCCUUUUUUUUUUGGCAGACCUUCAGCACAUUUAGUGGGAUUUUUUUUUGGCACAUCUGAUCUGACCGAGACCACUAAACAAGCAGAGGAGCGACUUUACCCCCCAACACACUUUUAUUUUUCUUAGAAGUUGUGUUUCAUGGAGCACUUGUGGAAAUCAUUUAUUGCCACCACAGCAGCGAGGUCUGGAGCCCAGUCAUUGCAUCAUCAUAACAAAGUUACUACAUGAUGAGCAGCCAGUCGAUGCAGACCCUCAUUGACCCAGUGUUUCGGAACAAGAUGCCAUUACACGAUGGGACCAUAGCAUCCACAGGACUGUCAAAACCACAAAAUAUGUCAGAUUUCCUGGGUAAGCAGACGCUGCAGUACAGUGGGGCCUACUUUACUUAUGACCCCAGAGGAAAGGAGGGGGCACGACUCACUCCUCCUUGGAGCAACUCAAAAACCUCUCUGCUGGAUGGCAGAAGUCCUGUGAGUCACCUAUCUGGCAUGGAGGGACAAAACCACAUAAUCUACAGGCAAGACAGCAACUCUUCAGAAGAAGGACAUUCUCAUUCUUCCUCUCUGCAUCACGCCCCAGUCAAACAGGGCUUCACAUUGUAUACUAAAAGUCCUAUGAGCAGCGGUCCUACAGCUGCUACAUCAGUGGCUGUUAGAAAACAAAAGACUGGAGGUGACAAUUCAUCUCCCCCAUCUGAAAACUCGGUUUACUUAGCAAUUCCUAAGCCAGUUUAUGGACACAACCCCUGCUGUAAUGAACUGGGUUGUGUGAUAGGACAGCGAUACAGUGUGGAACAUGGCUCUCCGAGGAUACAAAACACUGUAUAUGAGCAUGAUUGGAUGCAAUCUGAUGCUCACUACACUGAAAGAUCGCCCAUCCAGAGGAAAGCACAAGACUCACUGCUGCAACAGAGAAGUUUACAGUUUGAGCCCAGGGCAGAAACACUGAAGAGAAUACCUGUAGAUACAUACAGCCCAGGUAGGGCAAGGACUUUUCCUGCUAUGAUUGAGCCAAACUACAGCAGUUACCCCUGCACCCUGACUCGUUCAAUGUUUGGCUCUUUAAGUGAGCAGAGCCAGCAUUUACAGACUUCCCCCAGAGGCUACCCUAGCUUAUACCCCUCCCAUCCUACAUAUGAGCAUAUGACCUCAGAGGUUUAUCAAGAACAUUCUCCCAUGUCCAAAUAUGGCCAUCUAACACAGCACCCAAUGUUUUACUACCCCCAGGCAAAUGUGGAGGUAGAAAACGGGACACACUGCAAAGAUAUUGGCAGUAAGCAGAGAGAAGAUGUCCCUGUUAUUCUUAAACACACAAUCUCCAACCCCCGGGAGCAUUACAUACUGCCUCAGUCGCUUCAUGGUGAAAUUCCUUUGCCAAGCACCGAAACGUUGCCAAAUCAUUCCUUUAUGCAGGGUUUUGACUAUCCAUAUUAUGCUGUUCCUAGAUUUCAUUUAAAUGCAACCCAAAUCAGAUCCCCCCUAAAAAGGCAACAUGCAUCGCCUAGCUUGCAUGCAAAUCGCAUAAAUGCUUCCCCAUCCAGCCAAUACAUGGAUCACCCCAUGGCCUCUGCAACCAACCUACACAAGGACAAACCCAAAGCCAGGCUGCACUUGGAACAAUCGCACGCAAACUCGCCAUUCCUACGUAUGGAUCAAACCAGUCCUACCAGACGUAUGAGCCAACUUGGUGUCUCACCGUCCAGCAUACAAAUUAACAGGUUUUUUCAUCCACUCACUAGCCUGCACAUAGAGCGACCCAUCCCCCCACCAACUGGCUUGAACAUGGACAGACUCCAGGACUAUUCCUCCUGUGAAGCCCAGGUUAGAUGCCCGAAACAGCCAAAAGGCCUUCCGGUCUCCCCAGCGGCAUGGCUUUCCCGGUCACCCCAUUGCAACUCAGAUCAAAUUCACACAGCUAUACCCAAUAGUCCAAAUGUCAGAAAAAUAAUUUAUUCUCCUGCUGUUGCACCAGGAAAUAAACACAAUGGCCACGUGUCCAGUUCAGGCAGCACUGUUCUUAAAGGGUGCCUAAAGAGAAGUUUUUCUCACUCAUCUUCACCCAUCAAAAUAAAAGAAGAGGGAAGGGAUUUAUGUGAAGUAGAACUCGUUAAGAAACGACAAAAGGUGGAAAUGGAGAAUGAACAAGAAGGAAAUAAAACGGACUCUCCCCCUAUGCCAGUUAUUGACAAUGUCUUCAGUCUGGCACCUUACCAAGCAUACCUGCAGGCCUCUGGAGUGUUAUUUCCAGGCAGACUACCUCAGAGACUUGUCCAGUUGUCUGAGCACCGUGAAGUCAAACACAAGCCAAACAUCAAAGAGAAAAGGCCAGAUGGAGAUGAACAGCAGCCUGUUGUCCAUCUAGUUUCAGAAGAAAUUUGUGCAAAUACCCCAACAAGGAAGCCUGUUGUAGAAAUCUUUGAACCGAAAAUGAUUAAAGUGGAAAAAGUAAAUACAUCAGACACAGACAACUCUGUAGAGACCCCUGUCAGUCAAAUGAACUUCAGCAAAGUACCAAACAAAAAAGAGCCGGAAGUGACCGAUUCGUCCAACAGUGGACACCUUUUGGUGAUAAAGAAAUGUGAACCUGAUGAACUUGAAAGUAAACCCUCAUUAUCAGAUAAAAAUGAGACUUCGGAUGAGACCAAACCCAGUGACGUGACUGCACAGAUGAACUCAUCUCCUCGGGGUGAUACACCAGCAUUGCACGAACAGGUAGUCACCCUUCAACCCAAAUCCAUCACCCCACCUCAACCACCUGAGCGCAAACUAAAUUUCAAAAACAUUCCUCCUCAGUGUCUGAAACUUUCCACCUACAAACUAGUUCUCUGUAAUAUGAAGCAUUCUGUCCAGGGUCCACCCCCAGAGAAACCACCUGUACAGCCAAUAACUGAAUAUAUACCAAAUCCAGAGCUCCAAAUGCCAGUCCGCAAGCAUUUCUUUGAGUUGCACCAUUCCUUCUACAAUCUAGUAUCCAAAUCUGUGUUGGCCUCGUCAGAGCAGGAGCUCAGAACCUGGUUGUCUCAGUUGGAGAUGACUGAACCAACUUCUCCUUCAACCAAAGUCCAGAAAGUUUCCUCUUUGUUCGGGGUGAAAGCCAGAGAGAUGUGGCUCAAUGAGGAGAUAAAGUCGGCACUCCAUAAGCUCCUCGAGAGGUUAAGAGAGUACACUGCCCAGGAACGCUGCCCAUUUCCACAUGUCAUGCGGGCAGGUGCAGUGUUCCUCCCCAUGCUGGUAGUGAAGGAGCUGUUGUUUCCGACGGUCCAGGGUCACUUCAUCGACCAGGUCCUGCAGGAGCACAGAGUGGAGCUGCGGCCCACCACGCUGUCCGAAGAAAAGAUCCUCAUUCAGCUUCAUAAACGAGCCUGUUCCUCCAGGCUCAGGAGACUAAUGUCCCUCAAACACCUGCCCAACAUCUACGCUGACGUGGUCAACCUUUUGUAUUACACCUGUGUCUGCAAACAUCUGGGAUUAGAUAUGGAUGACUCUGCUAGCAGAGAAAAAGAUGAGGGUUGCAAGACUCCUGUAUUUUAUGACAUCACUGCCUCACCAGCCUCACCUGCAGAGUCACACCCACCGAGUCAUCCGACGGACCAGGAAGAGGUCAGAUCUAAUUUGAACAGGAACAGAACAAAAAGCAGAGUGAAGAGCAGUUCAAGGCGUAUGUUUCUUGACAGUAGUUUGUCAGAUAAGGAAGAGGCAGAUUACACUGUAAGCAGAGGUGUGCCGAAUGCAUUUAGUAAUGUAAAUUGGAGUGGCCAUCAGUCUGAGGGAACUGAGAAUAGAGGAAGUGACCGUACGGAUGCAGAGCAGGAUUCUUCACCCGCAGCUUCUGAGAAUUCAUGGACAUGUCCUUUAACCUUGGAUGAGCUUACUCCCUCUCCCAGUGACCCAGAAACAGAGGAAUCCUCCAGUCCGCAGCCUGCUAGUCAAACUUCAGGACCUGCAAAAUCUCUGGUUAGAUCCAAAAAUUGUUCAGGUAUGAUUCUUAAACUGAGAAGGAUGUUCAGCGAGGGUCUAAACAGAAAAAAGGCCCACUACCAAGCAAUCUUGGACUCCGGGACAUUUGCUGAUCCUUCCCUCUCGCAGACUGAUGAUGGGAAAAGAGAAGUGACCAAUGAGAUGGAGCUUCACAGGAGGACGGCCAAAGUAACCCACAGGUGGCAGAGAACAGGAAGCUUCUCUCACGACUUAAGACCCCUUAGCAGCUCUUCUAAAAGAAAACGCAGGUCACUCUUUAAGAUCAAGUACUGUCCCUACUUGUCCGCCUGCCACAGUGCUGAGCGCAGGAGUCGCUGGGUCCUGCGUUCGGCUGUUCACAGGGCUCAGAGGGCCAUGAGGUUUUACUACCCGGACCUGGUGGGGAAGAGGAUUCGCCAUCUGUACGAAGAAGAUGACAAAUCAGAAGUGUGGUACAGAGGGGAAGUGCUGUGUAUCCAUGAGGCCAACGCCAACCCUCUAAAGACUAUAUUUGAGGUCAGGUAUGACAGCGAGCCAGAGUGGAAGUACUACCUGGAGCUGCUGAUAGACUAUAAAAAAGGCUGGCUCAAGAUUGAAGACUAGUUUCCCCACACAAAUGUGCCAAUUUUGGUUUUUGGUCACAUCACUGAGUGCAAUUACAGUUUAUCAGUUCCUCCUACUGUUUUCUUGUACUUGUUAACAGGCUGAUGAGCCUCAAAUAUCUGUCUCGUCUUCCUCAGGAAUGUAGCCAGACUGGAUCUUUUUUUGUAAGUUCAGGUAAACAUUCCUUGUCACUUGAAAGCUACAGGGCGCAUUUCUUUAGGGACAGUGUGCAGCGCCCUGUAGUGUACAGUUUUAAGCUCUUAUCAUCUUUCACACUAUGCUAUAAGUGGCGUUUCUGCUUUACUCACAAGUUAGAUUGUGGUAAAGGUGAAAAACUCCACGACCAUGCUUAAUUUUUUUUUUUUACAAAUAUGCAAAAAGUCCCUUCGGUUUGUCCAACUUUUAAUUGCAAUUAACUAUGAAGUUAGGCAUUUUUUUUCUACUUAUGUCAGAAUUAUCCACUUUUCUGGUUUAAAAAAGAAAAAAAAAGUUCAUUCUGAGUGAAGUUAGUGACUGGUAGAUGUUUUUACUUUUCUUUUUUGAUAGUAAUAAAUAACAAACUGGAAAAUGACAUGGACAUAUUUAACUGUCAAACAGUGCCAGCCACAUGUAUAUAGUUUUACAGAGUGCCAGUUGUGUAUGUCUUUAUAAAGUGAUUUUUACCCUGAUGAUUGUGGUUGGUGUGUGUUUUAUUGUGUAACUGAAGCUGGACAGGCAUUCAUGUAGUUCUGUACUAAGCUGCUCAAGAGGUCUUUUAACGACAGUUUUACAUGUCCCCAUGUCAGUGUUUUUAAUCCCUGUAACCUUAAGACUUUAACCUCAAAUUGUACCAUUGCCAUAGACCUCUGCAGAUUGAAUUGUUAAAGCAUUAUUCACUCAUCUUAAAUACAUGUUUGUAAUGAUUCCAUGUUUUAUGCCACACUGUUGAAAUGUAUUUUCUCCCAAAAUACAAGAUUUUUGACUCAUA